UUACCAUAAAUAAACAAUAUGGCGGAUCUUAACGGCGCCGAUAUCCAAGCUGGCAUGUCGAUGAACGAACAGGAGCUCUUCAAUGCCGCCAAGCGGGCCUUCAGAGAGUUCCUUUCCGACGAACGGGAGAGUCAGAAAUACAUGGUCCAGUUCCGAGAAAUUCUUGCUGGGGAGAGGCAGCGUUUCACAAUCGACCUCAUGGACCUAGAGGACUGGCAACCGGGACUUGCCAAGAAGAUCAUCAAGAAUCCCGCGCUGUAUAUGCCGGCCUUUGAUGAGGGCCUUGUGGAGGCCAUCUUGCAUGAGGACGCCACGUUCGGCAAGAAUAAGAGUGGUGUGUUUCCGCGUGUCGGUAUCGAUGGCGUUUUCGGCGCCAACCAUCUCACCCCACGUGGUCUCAGCAGCGAGGUUAUUGGGGAAUUGGUCUGUGUUGAGGGCAUCGUCACAAGACUAGGCCUCUGCAGACCACGCCUGAGCAUGUCGGUCCACUACUGCCCAGCGACCGGUGACAUGCGAACGAAGGAACAUAAGGAUUACACUAGUCUUACCACCACUACAGACACUGGCGGAGCAGUGCCGAAAGAGGACGAAGAUGGCAAUCGAUUUUCCUGGGAGCACGGUCUUUGCCUGUAUAAGGACUUCCAGAGGCUCACCAUGCAAGAGAUGCCAGAGCAAGCCCCUACCGGAGUGCUGCCGAGAAGUGCUGAAGUCCUUUGUACCGGGGAUAUGUGUGAUAGGGCCAAACCUGGGGACCGUAUCGCCGUUAUUGGUGUCUAUCGUCCUAUAGCCUCCUUCACGGGUGGUAUCAGCUCGGGAGUUUUCCAGACGGUCAUCAUCGCUGUUGAGAUCAAACAGCUGCAAAUCCAGGCAAGGCAGCCUACGCUCAAUAAGGCAGAUAUUAAAUUCAUGAAACAGAUAGCCAAGCGCAAGGACACCUUCGAGGUGCUGUCUCGCUCCUUCGCCCCUUCUAUCGCUGGUCGUGAUUGGGAGAAAAAGGGUAUGCUAUUGCAGCAGCUGGGAGGAGCUGAGAAGAACCUGGCGAAUGGGACACAUCUUCGAGGUGACAUCAACGUCCUUUUGAUCGGAGAUCCUUCAUGUGGCAAGUCGCAGCUUCUCCGCUUCGUCAUGAACACUGCUCCUCUGGUCAUCUCUACCACCGGUCGUGGCUCAAGCGGUGUGGGUCUGACAGCUGCUGUUACAGUGGAUAGGGAGACUGGCGAGCGGGCUCUGGAGGCCGGAGCCAUGGUGUUGGCUGACAGAGGAGUUGUUUGUAUCGAUGAGUUCGACAAGAUGAGUACUGCUGAUAGAGUAGCGAUCCACGAAGUGAUGGAGCAGCAGACGGUCACAGUGGCUAAGGCGGGGAUACAUACUAGCCUCAACGCUAGAUGCUCGGUGCUGGCGGCAGCGAACCCUCUAUAUGGCAAUUUCGACGGCAACAGGACCAUUCAAGAGAACAUAGCUCUUCCCGACUCGUUGCUCUCUCGUUUUGAUCUAGUCUUCGUGGUCCGUGAUAAGAUGAGUGAGGCUGAGGAUAGGAAGAUAGCUAGUCAGGUGUUGGCCCAAGUCCAGAAUCGUGUCAAUGUUGCGACCAUUACCGCGGCCGGCAGGGAUGGUUCGAAGAACCACACCUCCAUCCUCGAACCUGGCUUGUACGAUAGAGAACCUCUGUUAGUCGGCAAGGCCGCUGAAAAGGGCAAGACAAGUGACAAGAACGAUGUAUACACUAAGUACCAAGGACAGACGGGUGAUGCUGUGACAGUGGAUUUCCUAAAGAAGUAUAUUAUGUAUGCCAAGAAUAGGCCGAUGCCUCAACUGACGGAGGAUGCCAUUGAAGAAGUGGCUACGUUGUACAGUCUGUUGAGGAGGGAGAGUGCUGAUGCUGCCGAGAACGGGACUCAAGGUCUCGCUGUCACUGCACGAACCCUUGAAGCCGUUAUUCGUCUCUCUACUGCCCAUGCGAAACUGAAGCUCCAGGCUAACGUAUCGAAGGAUGAUGUUCUGAUGGCGAGGGAAGUCAUCUUUGCAGCCAGAGGUCGGGAUGCUAAGGAUAUCGAUGAGGACAUGGAAGACGAAUUCGAGACAGCUAGGAAGCCAGCACGCAAGCGCAGGCAGAGUCAGCUUGAUGCAAGCCCGCCACCGACUGACAAGCAGGCAGAACAGGCCGCUCCUGAGCCGGCCGAGCGUGUGGACGUCCAGAAAACAACUCGAUCUAAGCGCACGCGUGUGCAACAGGCACCAGCUGAGCCACCCGCGCCCGUCGCGGUUGGAGGCAACAGAAUCGACGAUCUGUGUGAGCUGGUGGUUGAUGUGUUCUCUGCCGAAAGGACGCAGUUCAUGAACAUUGACGACUUGCGUGACAAGGUCAACGCUCUCGCUGAACGGAAGAAGCUCAGUGUCUUCACAACCGCGGAGUUCAAUGGUGGACUGGAAAGUCUCCAAGAAGACAACAAGGUCUUUAUUAGCUCGGACUUGGUCUACAUUGUAUAAGCCUUGUUGGUUCGGUGAACCAAUUGCAUGGCUGGUGGAAGG